AUGGGCGGCUUCUGCUGUGUUCAAAAGCGCUUGGAUACGUCUGUGGACUGGAUCCGGGAGAGCCUCCCUGUGGCGCUGAGCGACGAUGCAGAUUAUGCAAGCAGCAGUUUCGCACCCCGCGCUGCAGACAUGGAGAGCCCUGGAAGCCUCAAGGCGCGGCAGUCCCGGAACUGUGAAGGCCGGGAUGACUUUGUCGAGGAAGUGGCCUUCCAGAUUGCCAGCGACCGCCACGGGGACUUCCGCGAGCGCCGGUCGGAGUUGGUCGAAGCAGCUUCGUGGUUGCCGGUCCUUUACGAAGUGUGCCCGCCCGGCCCGGACGACAUACCGCACGUGGCAAAGGCCAUUCAUCGGAAGACCAAAGUGCCCCGGCAGCUCGCAAGCUUCCGGAAGCCCUCCGGGUCCGCUGCGCAAGAGCGGCUCCACUCCUUCAUCGCCUCUCUUCAGCGCAUUUCUGCGGCAAACGAAGCGGUGGCCAAGGUUCUCGAGGUUUUUGAGGAUUACCUCAACGUGCACCUCAUUCAAGAGCUUUGUUCAGGAGGUUCCAUCUACGAGCGAAUUCUGGAGCGGCAGUACUUCACCGAGCAAGAGGCUGCUGUGCUUGUGAAACACAUGCUGCAAGCCUUGGCCCCCUUUCAUGACAACCACCUGUACCACGGAAGCCUGAGCCCAGAGUGCUUCCGCUUCUUGAACAGCUCACCGCACUCGCCGCUGAAGCUGGUGGACUUUGGCCUCGAGUUGAAGGCCCACCGCUGGAACGCCGUGGAGCACCUCAGCGGCCCCGACCUGCAGAACCCCUGUCUCCCUGAAUUCUUCGAGACGUGCAAGCUGGUCUUUUGCGCGCCGGAUUUCGCGCCGCCCCAGCAACCCAGGAGGAAGAAGGACGCGGAGAAUUCCUUGGAGAUGGCAGCCUACACUCACGAGACGCCGGAGGAGCAAGGCGAAGUGAAUUUGCUGGACGAGGAGUUGUUGGCGAACGUCUUGAGUGAGCAUGCUGAUUGGGUCGAGGAGCAGCGUGGUGUCAUGGAGGGCUCCACCUCCUUCUCCACGAAGAACGAGGCAGCUGACGUUUGGAGCAUCGGCGCCAUGGCCUUCCUGCUCCUUUGCGGCUACCCGCCCUUCUUUGCUCCAUCUCGGAAUGCCAUCCUCGGCCGCAUCCAUCGGUGUGAAGUCUCUUUUGACCCACCCUUCUGGUCCAAGAUCUCGGAAGAGGCGAAGAGCUUCGUCUCCAGCUGCCUGCAACAAUCCUUCUGGGAUCGAUGCAGCAUCCAGGAGGCUUUGAACCAUCCGUGGAUCUUGAGGCUUGCUGACAGCUCGCCAUCAGGAUCCAUGUUUGCCUCCUUUAUGCUGAACCUGCGGCGCUUCUAUCGAACGUCACUGAUAGAGAUCUACACUGCUAGAAUUCUCGCGACGCAAUUCCGUCGCGAAGAACUGCACGAGUUCCUUUGCCGAUGCCGGGAAAUCGACAUGGCAAGCAGCGGCUUCUUCACGGCCUCUGACCUCAAGCACAUAUUGUCAGCUUUGGGCCAUCCACAAAUCGCCGAAUCCAUCUCAAGCCGUUUUCUGCAGACGUUCAGGCACCCGGGCGAAUCUUACAUCGACUACAUGGCAUUGCUGGACUCUGUCCAUCUUCGGCAGCAGCGCAUGUUCGAAGAUGAGCUUUGGCGUCACUUUCAGCGAGUCCUGCAAAGCAGCGGCCGUUGUGAUGUAGACGGCAUCUGCAGCUGCCUGUUCGUGAAAGACCUGGGCAUCGUCUUCGGCGACCCGGUCAUUGUGGGCCUCCUGAUGCGCGAGAUCCCCGACAGCCCGGGCCUCGAGGACGCCAGCGUCUGCCAUCGCCUACAGAUGGGGCUCCGGGCCGAGUGUGCGCAGCGCGGUGCUGCGCAGCUGGACUUUCGCACGCUUUGCUCGGUGCUCCUCCAGCUUCUGCGGCAGUUCUGA